CUGGUUGUUGGCUGACGAAAUAAUGUCAGAGUUUACAGUCAGCUGAUCGCGCAUAUAAACUGAUUCAACGCAGGAUCUGAGCAUUUAUGAAAAAUACAGACAAACAGGAAAAGACGACAAAUCUUUGGGAUGCUAAGAAUUUGAUUAAGAAGAAUUCUUCUCCCACACUAGAUCUAGAUCUAUUGUCUUCAAACGGAUCCAAGAAAUGUCAAAUCAAGCUGCCAAAAAUAUUCACGAGGAUGACGCCAUGCAGCAACAAAGUAUGGACACGGUGGCGGAGGGUGCGGUCAGUCGGAGUGACCCUACUGACCAUCUACCUGAGAGCGAACUGACCAGUGACCCACCUGAUACGGAACCUAGACGCAUGAACUGCUGCCAAAGACUAUGCUCCAAGUUCCAACUAAAUAAGAACACCACACGACCUAACUACAAGUACAUAGCACUGAUGUUUGCAGCCCUGAUGUCAAGUUCGUUCACCUUGACCUUUUUGUUCCCCUUUCUCCCGGACAUGGUUAAGUGGCUGGGCUACACAGAGGAGGCGAAGGGUUAUUAUGUGGGAUUGAUUGCAUCGUCGGUGUUUGCUGGAAGGGCAUGUGGGAGCUUCUUCUGGGGAUGGUUGUCAGACGUCAAAGGGAGGAAAGUGGUGUUGUUGCUGACACUUGCAGGAAAUGGCAUAUUUUCCCUGUUAUUUGGAUUCUCUGUCAACCUGCCGAUGGCUAUGAUCCUCCGUUUCUUGGCAGGUCUUUGCAAUGGCACUGUGGGCACAGCGAAGACUGUCCUGUACGAGAUCUCGGACAACACGAAUCAGGCUAUAGGGAUGUCAUGCAUUGCCCUGUCCUGGGGAACGGGCCUCAUCCUGGGGCCUACCUUUGGAGGCUUUCUGGCCUCUCCUGCCACAAAGUAUCCCAGUGUGUUUGAUCCCGAGGGGUUCUUCAGUCGGUACCCUUUCGUCCUCCCUUCUGUAGCAGUGAUUGUCACCUGUGCCAUUGGUUUCUUUGUUGUGCUUUUUCAGUUUGAGGAAACCCUUCAGAAACGUAAGGAUGAGGUUGUCACAUCUGAUCCUGAAGAGGUUGAUGAGGUUAAACCCCUGACAGACAAGGUCUCUGUGUCAGCUAGUCGCAGUAACAUAUACAGAUCAUGUGACAGUCUACAUCGUGGACCCAUGGCUGCCAUGUCGAUCGAGGACAUACACUGUGUCUCAGAGACGGAGGGUUAUUUCACACGUGAUGCUGAUAAUCAUACCUCCCAAAAUAUCAAUAAAUCACGAAAUCUUGAAAUUAAUAAUCACCUUAGCAACAAAAGUGACCUUGACAUUGACAAUCAUGAACACACAGCUUUGUUAGACGAGACAGAAGCUAGGAAUGCUAUCAAUGAACAAAAAAGUAAUUUGAAGUCUGUAUCCAAAGGUCAUGUUGACCUUGAAAACAAGGUGACUAAGUCGGCAGAUAAUCAGAAAGAGGCUGGUGACCUCAGUAGCGAACUCAGCGCAGGGGAAGCAGUGAAUGAUCACCGAAAUGGGAAUUCUGUGAUCCACAGUUUGAGUUCUGUGACUGGAAGUGAUGAUUUGGUGAAAAAAUGUGGAACUGAAUCAGUGACCGUCACAGUGGAAGGCAUCAAAGAUAAACAAGUCAAAUCACGGAGGAGCUUGAGGGGGAGCAUACGCAACAGCAUGCUGGUGUCGUUGUUAUGCGACAGUGACAUCAGGAACAGUAUACUUUUGUACACGGUGUAUUCGUUUGGCGUCAUCGGGGCGGAGGACGUCUUCACCAUCUUCCUGUCCACGGAACCACGAUACAAUGGCAUGGGCUUCACAUCUAACGAGAUUGGCCUGUCGAUGGGUGUGGUCUCGGUCCCACUGCUAGUCCUACAACUAUUAGUGUAUCCAGCGAUGGUUCAGAAAUUCGGAAUUAAAAAGACCUUCCUGAUUGGAGGGCUGGUGUUGGUUGUGACAGUCCAGACGCUGCCUAUGCUGCACCAGCUGUAUGACAACAAGGUGUUGUUGUGGACGUUGCUGAUGUUGGUCAUGCUCCCGGAGAGACUGGCUGUUAAUUGCUGCUUUUCUGGCUCGUCCCUAAUGAUAAAUAACUCCGCCAAUCCACAGAAUGCCGGGACAGUCAAUGGUAUCGCAAUGACCUUCACUGCUUUAGCAAGGACCCUAGCCCCUACAGUUGGAGGGAGUGUGUAUGCCUGGUCAAUCAGCUACGGUGCGGAACAUCUCGGGCCACCGUUUGACCACAACCUGGCGUUCCUCAUCUUUGGCUUGGUGUUCUCCAUCAGCGUCAUAGAGUGCCUUAUGCUGCCCGAGAGCCUCAACAAGCAGACCAAGAAAUCCUGAUUGACUGUCAAGUGUUCCUUGUUUUGUGUGAAUGGAUCAGGAAUGACUGCGAUGGAAACAUGUUAUGCUCGCAAAUCCAUUAGCCAUACGAGAAGUUGUGAUAUGGCAUAUGUCAGUACUUUGUGUUCUUGGAGGGAACCUGUCGAUUUUGAUGUUGUGUUUCUGGAUUAUGUGAACAUGUCCAUUGUGGCAGCCCCAAUAACAUCUGUUCUAAUGAGAGCUUUGUGUUCAUGGAGAUGUAAUGUGGAAAUUAUUGAUGUGUUCCUGAUUAAGUGAACGAGUCCAUAAUGGUCGGAACGUGUCAUGGAGAGUGUCAGUUAAAAUAUUGAUGUGUUCCUGGUCAAGUAAACAAAUCCAUCAUUGGCCGCCCAAAAUACAUGACAGGAACAUGUCAUGGAGAAUGUCUGUUAAAAUAUUGACGUGUUCCUACAUUGUGCCAGGAACACAUUACAGCUUGUGUUCAUGGAAAGUAGUUCUGUUAAUCUUUACCGAUGUGUUCCUGGUCCAGUGAACAAGUCUAGCAUGGCAGCCAAUACAGCAGAGCUUUGACAGAUAAUCGGAUAACUCAUGCAUUGAGUCCAUCAUGAUGGGAAUAUACAGGUGUUCUUCAUGGACAAGAGGGGACAUGAAUGGAGCAGUCGUUUAAGGCACCUUGAUUAGCUGUGCAGAGUUGCGUCCCUUGGGCACGCCAGAAACCUAUGAUUUGGGGUUCGAAUCCCGGUUCCCCCCGAUUAUGUUUCUAGGUUUGUCAGCACCAUACACGUGUUCGUGGGUUUCAUC